GGCGGCGGCGUCUUGGGGUCUGGACGCUGAUGCCACCGGUCGGGCGGGUAUGGAGGCGGCGCGCUGCGCACCGGGAUCCCGCGGGGACAGUGCCUUUGAAGAUGAGACCCUGAGACUUCGGCAACUGAAGCUGGACAAUCAGAGGGCACUGCUGGAGAAGAAGCAGAGAAAGAAGCGCCUUGAGCCACUCAUGGUACAGCCAAACCCAGAAGCCAGGCUGCGAAGAUUAAAGCCAAGAGGGAGUGAGGAGCACACGCCUUUGGUGGACCCUCAGACGCCGUGCAGCGAUGUCAUCCUACAUGGCAUCGAUGGUCCAGCUGCUUUCCUUAAGCCAGAGGCUCAGGAUUUGGAAAGCAAGCCUCAAGUUCUCUCAGUGGGCUCCUCCCCUACCCCAGAAGAAGGCACCGAAGGAAGUGCAGAUGGGGAAAGCCCCGUGGAGACAGCCUCCAAGCCAGACCUUCAGGAGAUUCUCCAAAAACACGGCAUCUUGAGUAGUGUGAACUAUGACGAGGAACCUGAUGAGGAGGCAGAGGAUGAAGGGGAAAACCUCAGCUCCCUACCAGCUCAGUCAGAGAAGGAGAGUGCUGGAGCCAGCCAGAAAGCAGCCUCGGACACAGGAGCUUCCGGUAUGACAGCCCAGCAGGGUGAUGCCCAGCUUGGAGAAGUGGAGAAUUUAGAGGAUUUUGCAUAUAGUCCUGCCCCUCGGGGUGUCACGGUGAAGUGUAGAGUGACCAGGGAUAAGAAAGGCAUGGACCGCGGCCUCUUCCCCACCUACUAUAUGCACCUGGAGAAGGAGGAGAACCGCAAGAUAUUUCUUCUAGCUGGUAGGAAGCGAAAAAAGAGCAAGACAUCCAACUACCUGGUCUCCACAGACCCGACAGAUUUGUCUCGUGAAGGGGAAAGUUACAUCGGCAAACUCAGAUCCAAUCUCAUGGGAACCAAGUUCACCGUGUACGACCAUGGUGUCAACCCAGUGAAGGCCCAGGGUCUGGUGGAAAAGGCCCACACCCGACAGGAGCUGGCUGCCAUCUGCUAUGAAACAAAUGUACUUGGUUUCAAAGGUCCCAGGAAAAUGUCCGUGAUCAUUCCAGGGAUGAAUAUGAAUCACGAACGCAUCCCAUUUCGACCACGAAACGAGCACGAGAGCUUGCUUUCCAAAUGGCAAAACAAAUCCAUGGAGAACCUGAUCGAACUGCACAACAAGGCCCCCGUGUGGAACGACGACACCCAGUCCUACGUCCUGAACUUCCACGGCCGAGUCACUCAGGCGUCUGUGAAGAACUUCCAGAUAGUCCACGGGAAUGAUCCUGACUACAUAGUCAUGCAGUUCGGACGCGUGGCGGACGACGUGUUCACACUGGACUAUAACUACCCACUGUGUGCACUUCAAGCCUUCGCCAUCGGGCUGUCGAGCUUUGACAGCAAGCUGGCCUGUGAAUGAAAAGCAGCAAGAGCGGGGGCGUCUUCACCACAGAGCCUUCAGGAGCAGAAAGCUGCUGCCCUCACCCCGCCCUAGCACAAGAAAAGCAGCAUUCUGCCCCUCUGGGGAAUGAUCGAGUGUGUGUGUGCGUGCGUGUGUGUGUGUGUGUGUGUGAAUGUGCGUGUGUGUGCUUAUAUAUGCACACGUUUAUACACACGUGGACGCAUGCUUCCACAUACUCGUUCAUGCCUUCUCUGAACUUCAGAGACCUGGUCACAGAUUAUAGCUUCUCAUGGGUGAGAGGUGGUUUAAAGCACAGGGAGGUAGAUAAUUCGGGCACACUGGUGUCUCCUGAUUGGAUAACAGAUUCUGUGUGGUGAGUGUAGCUUUCUUGUGCUCGGGCACUUCCAACAGAAUCAGGUUCUAAUGACUAAAUACUUAGGCCUCCUUUUUUGAAGCCCCUUUCAAAGGGGGGCUAUUCCUUUGGAUGCCUUUAGCCCAGGAGCCUGCAGACUUUUCUCAGCCAAUGGUCUCUUGCACUGACUCCAGUUAGCUUCUUUAGCACAAAACAGCCAUAACUAGUUGGUGCACAAAGAGUGUAGCUGUGUCCCAAUAAAAUUUUAUUUACAAAGUGGGCGUUGGCCUGAGACGCUGGUCUGUGGACCUGCCCUGGAUGUGUCCGUUCUCCAAGGCUGGAGCAUUUUCCAGAACACAAGUGGAGAGUGGGUACAGUUUAGCAGACUGACUUUUUAUUUUUAUUUUUUCCCCGUGGAUCUCUGUGUAGCCCCGGCUGUCCUGGAACUUGUUCUGUAGACCAGACUGGCCUCAGAGAUCCACCUGCCUCUGCCUCCCAAGUGCUGGGAUUAAAGGCGUGUGCUACCAUGCCAGCAACAGACUGACUCUUAAGAGGAAUUCUUGCCGAAUCCACUCUUGGUAGCUUUUGCCUCAAGAACAUUAUGGUUGUAGAGUGUCAUCUGCCGUCAUGGAGCAUGUGACACUAGCUUGUGCUCUGUUGUCCCAGCCUCCCUCUUUCUUAUCCUUAGAGCAGGGUGGUGGGCAGCCAUCUCGAGAGCAUGACUGUGGCCAGAUCUCUGGAAUCCCUGCUCUCCAGCAUCUUAGACUAGUGUCUUGUUUGAGGCAGGACUGUCAUCCACAGGCCUUGCCCAUCCGUCAGCUUUGUCCUCCAGCCUCAGAGCCUGGCCCACACCAGUGCAGACACUGCCCCGCGUACUCGAGGCUCUGAGAUCUGAGCAUCUCCCAGCGAAUCAUGACAAAUUCCUCAAGUUCCCCAGCCUACAGUGUACCUGAACUUGAGAAUUCAAAAACCCUGUGUCUACAUUCAGUGGUCCCAGACUCGCAAACUGCUUCCCAGCGUGGGUGAAGGGUCAUACUCCAUGGUUUUGCCCAUAUGGAGGCGGAGGAGGUCCCUUCAUGCCUGCGUCCUGUGACUCCCGGCUCAGCGUCCGGUGUGAUGCUGGCGUGAGAUCUGGGAGGUGAGACCUGUGCUGUCCCAGUGUCUUGCCUGUCCCUUCAGAUGUCAGUUUCUGCCUCAGGCAUGCUUCCCAUUAAGUGCCUUCUUCAUAAAUGUGCUCUGGAACCUGACACACCUCUGCUACCCACUUUCCCCGCCACCUUUGUUGAGCUGAAAGUUGCUCAAUUGUCCCCACUUAAAGAGGGUGGGGCUAUGGGUCACCGGCUCUGACCUCUGGCCAGCUUUAAAGAGCUGUAUACUCCCAUUUCACGGACUCUCAGCUUGAGUGUGCAGGUUUUACAUGAAUCCUAUUUAUACCUUUUGUAUACCAUAUAAAUAAAGAUAAUUUAUAUAAAGA